AUGAUAUGGGUCAUACGCUCAAAAGAGCAGAUCUGGAACAUGCUGGUGAGCUUGCAGAGCCACAACUCCGGUCCCAACAGGACGAGGACGAUGCAAGCCUUGUUCAGCACCCUUUACCUCGGUGGGGUCGAUGCGCUCCUCGAGGUGACGAAGAGCAGCUUCCCCGAGCUCAACGUCACGACACAGGACUGCACCGAGAUGAGCUGGAUCGAGUCGAUCCUCUACUUCGCGGGGUUUCCGAUCGAUGGGCCCUUGGAAGUCUUGCUCAACAGGAGCUCCAACACCAAAUUAUACUUUAAGGACAAAUCGGAUUACGUGAAGGAGCCAAUCCCAGAUAGUGGCUUAGAGGGGAUGUGGGAGAGGUUCUUUGAGGAAGAUGACGGGGUGGCUCAAAUGAUUUGGAUCCACUAUGGCGGGAAAAUGAGCGAGAUCUCCGAAUCUGCCCUUCCCUUCCCUCACAGAGCUGGGGUUUUGUACAAGAUCCAGCACUUAACGUCAUGGACCGAUGGAGGCAACGAGGUUGCUUCAAAGCACGUGAGUUGGAUACGAAGCUUCUAUAGUUAUAUGGCGCAGUAUGUGUCGAAAUCGCCUCGAGAGGCCUAUAUCAACUACAGGGAUCUCGACAUUGGAACGAACAACGUGAAAGGCGACACGAGUUAUAAGCAAGCAAGCGCUUGGGGAAAGAAGUACUUCAAGAACAAUUUCGACAGACCCCCAGUCAUGAAUCUAGGAAGUUCGCCUCCUCGUUUUGGGAUCCCUAGACAUGUGGAUACUCAGGAGGUGGAGUACCCUUUAGGAGACGACCGGGCUUAUAUCAAGUACUUAAGCAUUGUUUGGGUUGACGAAGGCGGAUUAUACCUGAAGCUUUACUCAUGGCGAGUUGUUGACCCCAAGGAGCCGGUUAAGGAGCCGCCCAUGGUGCCCCCGGUGGAGCCGCAGGCUGUGCAUCCAUUGCAGGCGAUCCCUCCAUACCGUGGUCCGUGUAUUCCUCCGGGGCAUGAGUUAGAGGACUCAGGAGAAGGCCGGGUGGAGGAUGACCCUUAG